CGCUGUGACAGCGUCCUGCCGCCCCGGCCACUCAGUCCUGGCACCAUGUGAUGGCGCUCCCCUGAGCCAGGGUGAGAAAGCACAGCCAUGGCCACCAAGGAGAAGCUGCUGUGCCUGAAGGACUUCCACAAGGACAUCCUGAAGCCAUCGCCGGGCAAGAGCCCAGGCACACGGCCCGAGGACGAGGCGGAGGGCAAGCCACCGCAACGUGAGAAGUGGGCCAGCAAGAUCGACUUUGUGCUGUCCGUGGCAGGUGGCUUUGUGGGCUUGGGCAACGUCUGGCGAUUCCCGUACCUCUGCUACAAAAAUGGUGGAGGCGCAUUCCUCAUCCCCUACUUCAUCUUCCUCUUCGGGAGCGGCCUGCCUGUCUUCUUCCUGGAGGUCAUCAUUGGCCAGUACACCUCCGAGGGUGGCAUCACCUGCUGGGAGAAGAUCUGCCCUCUCUUCUCUGGCAUUGGCUACGCGUCCAUUGUGAUUGUGUCACUGCUGAAUGUGUACUACAUCGUCAUCCUGGCCUGGGCCACCUACUACCUGUUCCAGUCCUUCCAGCGGGAGCUGCCCUGGGCGCACUGCAACCACACCUGGAACACGCCGCAGUGCCUGGAGGACACGCUGCGCAGGAACAAGAGCCUGUGGGUCACAAUGAGCCCUGCCAACAUCACGAAGUCCCCCGUCGUGGAGUUCUGGGAGCGCAACGUGCUGAGCCUGUCCCCUGGGAUCGACCACCCUGGUGCGCUCAAGUGGGACCUGGCGCUCUGCUUGCUGCUUGUCUGGCUGGUGUGCUUCUUCUGCAUCUGGAAGGGCGUGCGCUCCACAGGGAAGGUCGUCUACUUCACAGCCACCUUCCCAUUUGCCAUGCUGCUGGUGCUGCUGGUCCGCGGGCUGACGCUGCCCGGCGCAGGUGCAGGCAUCAAGUUCUACCUGUACCCUGACAUCAGCCGCCUGGAGGACCCGCAGGUGUGGAUCGAUGCGGGGACCCAGAUCUUCUUCUCCUACGCCAUCUGCCUGGGCGCCAUGACGUCGCUGGGGAGCUAUAACAAGUACAAGUACAACUCGUACAGGGACUGUAUGCUGCUGGGAUGCCUCAACAGUGGUACCAGUUUUGUGUCUGGCUUCGCAAUUUUUUCCAUCCUGGGCUUCAUGGCACAAGAGCAAGGGGUGGACAUUGCUGAUGUGGCUGAGUCAGGGCCCGGCCUGGCCUUUAUCGCCUACCCGAAGGCAGUGACCAUGAUGCCGCUGCCUACCUUCUGGUCAAUUCUCUUUUUCAUUAUGCUCCUCCUGCUGGGACUGGAUAGCCAGUUUGUUGAAGUCGAGGGACAGAUCACAUCCUUGGUGGAUCUUUACCCAUCCUUCCUAAGGAAGGGUUAUCGCCGGGAAGUCUUCAUCGCCAUUGUGUGCAGCAUCAGCUACCUGCUGGGGCUGUCGAUGGUGACGGAGGGUGGCAUGUACGUGUUUCAGCUCUUUGACUACUAUGCAGCUAGCGGUGUAUGCCUUUUGUGGGUUGCAUUCUUUGAAUGUAUUGUUAUUGCCUGGAUUUAUGGGGGUGAUAACUUCUAUGAUGGUAUCGAGGACAUGAUCGGCUACCGGCCUGGACCCUGGAUGAAGUACAGCUGGGCUGUUGUCACCCCUGUUCUCUGUGUUGGCUGUUUCAUCUUCUCGCUCGUGAAGUACGUGCCCCUGACCUACAACAAGGUCUACGAGUACCCGACCUGGGCCAUUGGGCUGGGCUGGGGCCUGGCCCUGUCUUCCGUGGUGUGUGUCCCUCUGGCCGUGCUCAUCCGCCUCUGCCGCACCAAGGGGCCACUGCGUGUGCGGCUCAAGUACCUGCUGACCCCGAGGGAGCCCAACCGCUGGGCCGUGGAGCGUGAGGGGGCCACACCGUUCGCUGCGCACCCGGCCGCCAAUGGGGCACUCAUGCAGCCCACGCACAUCGUGGUGGAGACCAUGAUGUGACCCCCGCCGCCGCCGCCGCCGCCGCCCUGCUGUUUACUAACAUUAGAUCUCAUAGGACCAGGUUUACAGAGCUUUAUAUUUGCACUAGGAUUUUUUUUUAAAUUGUCACAGAAAACGUUACUCCACGUGUGUGUGCGUGUGUGUAUUGUGCGUGCGUGUGUUUUGUUUUGAUUUGGGGAUAUUUUGUACAAAAAGAAAACUCACGGGCAGAAGUCCCCAGGGAGAAGCCGAGCUUUCAUACGGGAUUAGAUGUAUUUUAUGGGAACUUGGUAAAUUUUUCUUUGUAUCUUUUUCAUAAAACUAUAUAUACUUAGAGGUUGUCAUACACUCUACCACGUGAGUGGAUCUUCUUGCCAGCAAGAUCUCGUUUUCAAAAGCAAUUCUUCGGUGCUUGCAGAGCUGGCAGAGAGCUCCACCCUGAGCCUGCGGGGCAGGGUUUUCCUAAGACAGACUCCAUACAGGUGCGGCCCAAGCCAGCUCAGGUGGGUGGAGCGGGCUGUGAGGGCACCGUGGCCAAGACGGCCACCCAACUCCUGACCAGAGCCCAGAGAGCGGUCCUCAGCAGAGCCAAGCAUGGUAGACUGCAGGGUGCAGGGCCAAACUCCACCUUUUAUGUUGAGACUGAAGAUGAAAGGUCAGUGGGACCCUCAGCCAGGUGGGCACAGGCAGCAGUCAGGGACCUGGGUGGGUGGCAGGAGACAGGGCUCAGGCCAGGGAGCCACCAGGCUCCCUGGCUAUCCUAAGCAGAUCCCUAGGCCGAGAACCAGUCCAAGAACAGCUGGGGUCCGCCAGGUGGGCCCUUGCCAGUCCCAGACCAUCCCCCAGUGCAGUAUGGCCCGACUGCUCAGGUGCCCUCUGCCUGUGUCACCUUCCAGUCCUUGUUCCCAAGGCCCGGGAGACUCCUGAUAUCGCCCAGCUCCCAGCAAGUUUGCCAGGAGCAGCCUUCAAGGCGGGACCUUGGUCAGGGACAGUGCAUCCUAGAUUCUUCACCUUUAGCCAUGACCUGGCCGCCCCAGCGUCCUGGUCCCUAAGCCAGCUCCGUAAUCGCAGCUGUCAGACACUCCCUUCGUGAGGGUCAGGGGAGGAGGUGGGAGGUGUGCAGAGCGGGGCAGCAAGGGGCUGGCACCCCGGAAGCAGGAGAAGCGUGGCACAUGGACGCCACCCAGCGCAGACACCCCAACCUGGAAAGCUCAAAGCAGAAGUAGGACCAGUACAAAGGCAGCGGCAGUCCGUGGAGUGGGAAGCGAGCAGGCUUCAGCAUGCAGAGCAGGGCUCUCAGAAUCCUGGACCCGCGCCCCCCGCCCCCCCGCCAGAUUUGGGAGUUGGGACAUCUUCAGCGCCCCUCCCUAGGGGCAGCGCUGGACCUCUUGUCUGUGACGUGUUUGUAUUUCUGUUUCCAAAGCUGUAAACUCUGCCAAACACUACCCAACCCUUCACAGCUGUUGGACAUCCUGUGUCCCCAUUUCCUGUGUUGGUGAUCACCGUGUAUGUGAUUUGAUUGGACUCUUUGUUUCCCCCUGGUUUUACCGCGUGGCAUUGUGACCCGUCUUCUUGUCUUGCGGAAUUUAUUAACCACCGCCAGCGAGAGAAGGCAGGUGACGGCGGGCGGCCCGGGCUGCUGUGGUCAUCGAGCUUCCCUCUGGCUCCAGCCCCACAAGGAGUUCUCGUGUGUGGGUCGGAGACAGACGGCUGGAGGAAGACCUUUCUGCAUGGUUCUCAGACCAAAUCCUAGACCAAAGACGUGUGCAGGCCAAAUGCCCAGGCCCCGCCAGACACCUGUCUUCCUCUGGCCUCGUGCCCGCCCUGCCAGUCCAUGUGCAGUGUCACCUGUCUCUGUCCCCAUGGCAGUGCCACUGCCGGCGAGAGCUGCGGCACAAGAACAAGGAGGGUUGCCACUGCUCUGCCAGGUCCGGGUAGGGAGAAGCACGGGUUGGGCUGAGCCUCAGCCGGGGAGCAGCCCAGGGUAGCCCCGAGCACUCCGGAAGUAAGCAGGGACGCUGAGGCCCAGGGUGGAGGGGACAAGCCGGCACUGAACCCAGCCGGCUGUGGCUCCUCCACAGAAUGGUGCCCUAGUUCUCCCAAACCACCAGAGGUGCCGUUCCUCCUUUCUCCUAGCCCUCUGCGAGCCCUGUUGACACAGGAGGAAACUGAGGCCUGGGCCAGCUGGCAAAAGGUGCGCAGGUGAGCUUCCUGCUGGCCCAGUGUCACCAUGGUGCCCAUGGCCCCAGCACUGCCCUCUCAGUGAGGUGCUCAGGGGCAGCCAGCCCAAGGGCAGAGCGCCCCCAUUCUUCUCCCCAGGACCCAGUCAUGGGCCAGGUGCGGACCCAAGAGAGGCCUGGGCCCCCUGGCCCUCAUUCCCAUGUCCACCUGGUGCCCUAAAUACCUCCAUGCAGCGAGGAGGAUGCCCACAGCAAGGGCCCUGGGUGCUGUGCCCCGUCCUCAGUGGCGUCACCACGCUGGCACGCACUUGGGAGUGGGGCACCUGCUAUAUUUUGGCUUCAAAGUAAGACAGGGCUCUGUUUUUUCUAUCCAGUGAAUCUUUGCAGUCCCUGACAACUGUGACGCUGUAUUUAGCACAAGAGAAAUGGAGAGCGUGGGUUUCGCCUCCUUCCAGAAACAUGUCUGGCUCAUCGGGAGUUUUGUAAAGCAUCAGAAUAUUUUUAAGAUAUUUUAAACUUUUGUAAAAAAAAGAAAAUCAACCAACAAAGACUUUGCAUUGGGACAAGAUCUGGGUGUGUAAUUCAGUCCCGCGGUAUACAGGCUUCUGUGUGUAAAUGUUUUAUGAUCCGAAUCCCUGUGGUGUGCGGGGGUUUUCCCCUUUUGCUUUUUAGAUAAAUAUGUAUAUCGAUAUUUUAAAUUCAUCUUUGCUUUUUUUUAGAGGAGUUUGUAAUCACCUUAUAACAUGACAAUAAACAUUUCCUUUUUAAAGUUC